UUGCAUUCUAGGCCUCAACGUGAAUCUGUUCAGGUCAUAACAAGCGAAGGAGCUGGAGAGUGCUGAGAUAGUCUGCCUUCCAUUUUAUUUUAGUUAGAACCAGUCUGCAUUUUUUAAUCUGAAAAUGCACAGUAUUGCACAACUUCUUCAGGCAGCUGAAUUCAUCGAAAGGAGAGAAAGAGAAGCGGAACAUGGCUAUGCAUCUACACUGCCGAUGCCAGAUGAAUACUCAAAAAAGAGAUCGAGAGGCAAAAAAUCGCAAGGAAACAGAUCAACUCAUAACGAACUUGAAAAAAAUAGACGAGCACAUCUUAGACAUUGUUUGGAAAAGUUGAAAGAUAUGGUGCCCUUGGGGUCAGAAGCAUCUCGACACACUACAUUAGGGCUGCUAACGAAAGCUAGAGGCUUUAUCAAGAAUUUAGAAGAAAGAGAGAAAAGGCAUAACCAAUUUAAAGAACAACUGAAGCGGGAGCACCGUUACUUGCAGCGUAAGCUGGAGCAAAUGGGCACUGGCAUGUAUCGUGUGCGACAAGAACGCAGCAUCAGUGAAUGCUCAACUUCCACAAACUCCUCCACCUCAUCUACUGGUUCAUCUCGUUCUUCAGAAGAGUCAGAUGAAAUCGACAUUGUGGGUGGUUUUGCAAGUGAUAGUGAUGACCAUAGCAGCGUGGAAAGCUUGGGAAGUGAUGGCUAUGGAAGCAACUCUCAUCGCAGCUUUAGCUUUAGCAUGGACGAUUCUCCUUACUCAGAAGACCUCUGAUGCCAGGUCACUUCCCCCUCUCCCCACAUACCCGUCAUCCCUCUGUCCUGCCCUUUUGAUGGUGCAGCCAGCCAGACUCGAUAGUGCUGUGGACAGCAUAAUCCUUUGUGACAGAUCUGCUUAUGAUCAACUUACUUAACUUGUUUAUUACUUACCAAAUAAGUAACCUUAGAAAUGAUGAAGAAAAGAGACUAAGAAACAAGAUAUGUUUUUGGUUUUUGGUUUUUUUUUUUCCUUCCAUUGCCUCCUUUCCUCAAUACUGUUUUUCUGUCUGGUUCAUCCAUUUUGUUUUGGAUGUAUGUGUCGCUGCAAACAGUUGUCUGUUCUUGAACAAGAGAUGUUCACUUCAUCAAAAGGCGAUUUCUGAAAAUGAUUUAGGGCAAAAGCUGAGAUAAAGACUGAGAGGGAAAUAUGCUGUGAGUGAUUUUAGUUCUUUAAACAUCUGAAGCACAAGGUGCAGUUUGAAUAGUUAAAAACAGAUCUCACAUCUUGAAUGUACUUUUACACUUUUUGUGUUAACUAGGAAACUGACACCUCAGACAACCCAUCAUUUUCUGUUCUGUUGACAGCCAUCCCUCACCUUUCAAAUGUGGAAAAUCAGCCAGACUAAGCUUGUCUUUUAUCUGAGGCAAAAUUUUGAAACCUUGCUAUUACACAAGAGCUUACUGAGCUGCAAGGUUUCAGUUUCGGAGAAGUUUGAGUUGUAGAGUUUUGGGGACUUGUGCUGAAACCAUUUGAAGUUUUGAAGAAGGGAGUGAAGGCUGUCAGCUGCAUCUUGUGCUCAUCACUGCUUACAUUAUCCUUCAUCCUGCUCCCUUCCAUUCCCAUGAAUUAUUUUUUCAGAGUAUUCUGUUAUGGUCAUUGUGUCCUAAUUUAUUUAUUCAUAUUCUGCCACUCACCUCUUUUCCCACUUAGAGUACAUUGUGGGUGGACAGCAGCUGUGCAGUGAGAUAAAGAGUGCUUUUAGUCUGGCUGGAAAACAGUUGGGACAUCGUGCCUCUCCAUCUGGUCAUCUUAGACCAUCGGCAGCAAAGGGACGGCAUGAUGGCACUUGGGUGCUUUUACAUCCCACUCCACUCCCUCACCCCUGACCCCUGUAUUUGAAUGUAUGAGAGUCAUGCUCUUUGUCCUCAUAAUGAGCUAUGGAAUGCUGUAGAAAGUGGAGUUCUUUUUACUAUGUAAUGAGAUUAGAAAUAUAAGGAGAACAAAAAUUGUGAUAGCGUUCAACCAAACUAACUGAACUGAAGAGAUGAUAAUCAUUACAAAACAAAAGACAGUAUUUUGAUUGUGUUAUCCCUAAGUCACCCCAGUUCAGGAUUUGUAGUAGUUCUCAUUUCCCCCCCCAAAUCUUUCAUCCCAAGUUCAGAUAAUGUUAUCUGUGGCCAGCCAUCUACCCUUACUUUCUUAAACUUGUUUGCUAGUGUUGUAGUCAUGUGAUUCACUGAAGUAUUACUGUAGAAUGCCAGCAUGAAAGUUUCCAUUGUCAGUAUACAGCUAAAUCGAACUCUACAAUUAGAAGAAACCAUACUUUUUUUUAAACACUUGUGCCCUGAUGUCCAGAUGCAAGAUAGUUGCUGUGCUUUUUUGUGUGGAAACUGAGCAAGUGUUUUGUAGAGAGAGUGAGAAAACAUGGUUACAUCUGAAUUCCCAGGAAAUGGGACAUGACCACAACAGACUGUAUGGACAUAACAAACAUGCCUCUACUGCCAUCACCACCAUCUCCAUAUCAUCAUCUUCAGCUAGUCAAGUAAACACUGUCUGGUACAUUAAUGUGAAGCACUGAAGAUGAUAGCACCCAGGACUUCCUAUUGUGUCCCAGUUUACAACAGAAAUUCCAGAGCUAUUGGUGUUUUGUGGCCAACGCAAACCAUAUUGUGGCAUUGCAAAUUCAGUCAAGGGAGGUAAUAAUCUGGAUGUGGCUGGGCAGGUGCUUAUCACUAAAACUUGUGCCAUCCUGGGAUUUACGAGAAGUGUGCAGCAAGUGAUUGCAGAAUUUCCAGCAGUAAUCAGCCCAGUUGGAUGUACACUGUCUUUUGGUAUGUUGACUCUUUUAAAUCUAUUUUACACCCUGCAGGGCUCGUAAUAAUAGGUGUUGACUGUAUGUUUUCAUGCAAAUAACUGAUGUUUUUCUAACAUCUGAGAUUGUCAGAGAAGCGCUGAGCUUCUUAUGUCACACUUGUCAUCAGUAUGUUUGUUGGUGCCAUUGUUUUGAUCUAUGGCAAUGUUUCCUGCCAAUAUUUGAUACACCAGUGCUAUGCAGAACCAGACUGGUCAGUGUCCAUUCUAAGUAGGACUGAUGUAUAUUUUCAACCCAAAACGUCAGAUCACUAGGUCUUGAAGAGUUAAAAAUAUCUUUGCUCAAUGGAUUUGUUUUCCAGAAGUUUGUUACACGUAACACACCCGGUGCAGUGGUUGAUAUUUCAGGGAGCUGGGGGUUUCGGCGGGGUGGAAAGAGAAAAAAGCUGCUGUCCACAGAUUAUUUAAAGUACAUUUCUAGCCACAUUGAGUUCUUCACUACAAGUAAAAGUGGUGUCAUGUGUCAUUGUUCAAAACAAGUUAGUAACAUGCCACCGAACUUUUAUGAUAAAAAUUAUGGAUUGGCACAAUAAACCACUGACAGUGUAAGCAGGAGCAGUAGAGUUUUCUACCUUCAGAUCACAAAAGCCAUCACUGGUAUUGAGAUCUCACUGGUAUUGUAUUAUUCAUUGGCUUAUGCACCCUCCAGAUUAUGCAAGCAUAGCUUUGUGUUUGUGAAUAGGCUUGCAAGAAUAAUAACUAUUGUGAUAAAGGGUCUAUAAUGAUCCAUUAAUACUGUGUAGUAUGUCAGUCCAACUGUGUAACUGGUGCAGUUGUCAUUUUGUGGUUGUUGAUUCUGUUGUUGGUUUUGUUUUUUCAAAUUUAUUACAAAUCAGUUAUUUAUUGCAUACAUUCAGAGAUAAAAAUAAUUUUCUUGAGUUCAGAUUUUGAAUUAUGUUGAGUUACAAUCAUAUUUCGUUUUUCCUUUUUUUCUGUUUCCUCUGAGCAUCUGCAAGGUGCACUGACAAUAUAAAUUGACUUCGUCCUGUUGAAAGAAUAGGUGAAUAAGUGUGAGGGUAUUGGAGCAAAAUAUUAUUGAAAUAAUAUAAUGUAACUGAAUCAGUGAAUAACAUAGAGCUCAGUUUUCCAAAAAGUUUUAGAACAACAUGUAUCAGUGUCAGAAAAAAAUGGGCAUCAGCAUCUGUACUUGAGCUGUAUUUCAAGAAGAGGAAUUUUUGACACGAUAUCAGGAAAUAUCAAAGGUAUUUUCAGUACCCACAUGUUCACUUAUUAUUACUUUUAGAGAAAGUUGAAAAUCAUUUUAUGCUAAGAGUAUUUUAUGUAGCAGUUUUAAAAUUUCAAACACCUCUUAAUAACUUUGACAGAAUUUUUAAAUUAGAAACUUAGUAUUACUCUUAUAAAAUCCAGGUGUAACCAAAGUAUAAGGGCUUUUCAAAAACGAGCUUUUUGAAUAAGUGUUUGGAGAAAGAAAAGUUGAUCUGUGUGGUACAGAGAGGCAUAGUUGAAAGUGAUCUCUGUGCCAAUUACCGACCACUGAUUUGGCUAUAAACGUAUAAUAAUGUACACCUCAGUUCUUUGUCUAUAAGUGCUAUCAUAAAUGUUAUAGAACUGUGAAAGUUUUUGUUUUUAGCAAAUUUUACUCAUAAAUAUCUAGGUUGUGUUGCUGUCACAUUUUUAAUAGUCAAAAAGAAUGUGGUAUGAGGAAAUAGCUGGACAGAAUUUGCAUGAAUAGAGCAGAGACGUGAAUUGAUUUUAUCUUGUUGUCCUGUAUGUGUGUUAUAAAUAUUAGGGAAAAAUGAUUAUUCUUUGAAUGUAUGAUCCAGUCUGGAUCACACCAGGCAGUUAUGGAUGUUGCAAUAUUUAUGUCAGCCAUGUUUUUUUUAAUACGAGUUUUAAGGGAGCUGUAAUACAAAAUAUCUAAAUAUGAGAUUGGAAAGAGGAAUUUCUCUUUCUGGUGCAUUAAAGCUCUGCUCUUAUACUGUGCAGCUGCAGUAUAAUGUAACUGUAUCAUGACUGGUAAGAUUUGGUCAAUAGAACUUCAUUACUGUGGAACUGAAAGGUCAUUGAACAUGUUAAGAAAGUUCUAUAUAUAUGCAUACAUGCAUAUGGGUAGGUGUACACAUGUGCAGAUGCAUGUAUGUACAUGAAUGUGUAUAUAUAUAUAAUGUGCAAAUGCAGCUGUAAGCUUGAUGGUGUAGUUUUGCAAAUAAAAGGAAAACAGUCUCUCGCACCCGCCCACACACACUGUAUGAGCAAGCUUAUAGGGGUUCCCAUUGGUCCUUUUGUUUCCUUAUUGCGAUAAAAUCCAAAACUUUAAGUGUCGUGAAAGCUAAACGCUGUUCUAAGCCAGUAGUAAGAAGAGUCUUGUACACAUUUCCUGUCAGCUUGGUAAAACAGUCUUUUGUGGAAGUAGUGAGAGCUAUAUAUAUAUACUGGAGUGCACUUGAGCAUUCGUAUUUCAGAAUUGUUACAUUUAUAUUGGGAGAAUAAAUUCUGCAACAUAUUACUAUGCACAUCUGACUGGUUGCAGGUAUAUUUUUUUGAUGCAUUAGAUGAAGAGUUUAAAAGCUCAGUAGAAGAUAUUUUCUGUCUGCAUAAAAGAUGCAAGAACAUGUUUUGUUUUUUUUAAAGUACAGAAAAACAAGACAGUGAUAUUGCAGUCUUUUCAAGGGGAGUGAGGUUGCUUAUUGCUAGACAUAAGUCUGUCGAUGAUUUUACUUUUGGAAUCCCCCCACCCUACCUGUGUUGGCCAAGCUUUAAACUUUUGAAAUUAAAGGCUAAACUAGUGGGUGUUGCAAAAUGUGAUUAAGAAAAUUGAUGGGAAACAUGAAAUUACGAAAGUGGGUUGAAAACAGCUUGCUUGUUUGGGGAAGUUUAGGAUUCUUGAUAACAGCUUUCAUUAACUCUUCAAGACUUCACAAACAAAAUUUGCACCAUGGAGUGGAAGGAAGAUGGCACUUUUAGGUUCUGUUGAUUUAUAAACACUAAGGUAAUGUAGUGAAGGGUAAAAUGUUUCUAUGUGACAGAUCUUAUCAGUCUUGAUACAUUUCCUGUUGGCUGUGUCCAUGUGAUAUUUACUUUUAUUUCAUUCAAAACUUUAAAUCUUGUGAGUUACAGCUGUCUUAAGGGAUCAAAACUUUGAAGUGCAACCUCCUGCAGACAAUUCUGCAGACAAUUAUUUUUUAAUCAGGUUCCUCCCUAUUUGGAGAACACUGUGUAUUAUUAUCUCAGUACUUAAAAACUUGUUUGGCAUACAGUUUUCAGCUGACUUUCCCAGAGAUUUGUUAGGUGGAAGGUCACUUUGUCAGGAAUGAUGAACUGGUUGGAACUGACCACCUGAAUGUCAGUUAAGCAUUCGGAAUAGAGUUCAGCAUUCAGUGCACCUUGCCAGGUUAAUUUCCUGGUAGACCAGUUUGUCUAAAAUUUGACAAGUUUGCAGAAUUUACCACCUGAGUAUCUUCAAAGUUAAAAAGUUCUUUUGUUUUUUUCACUAUGAGCUUCAAUAUUUUUUGUAUGUCUCAUUGUGUUUAACACAGGAACUAGGUCUUUUUCUCCAUUGUUUGUUGGUAUUUUCUCGGUUAUAGAGACACUUGUUUUCUCAGAUUUUUGUUUUUAAUCAAAUUGUCAAUUUUGUGUUGCAUCACAUCAUGCUGGCAAUAUGUAUAUGCUUCUAGGUUUUUCCCAUUCCAUAAAAGCAGUGCACAAUGAUCAAAAUAUAAAUAUUCCAAUCUGCUUGAAGUUCUCCCAACUGAAACCAAUCUCUCUUUCUUUAAAUUAUUGUUGUCAUUGCCUCUUUAAUAAACUUCAGACUGUGGUAUUACAGAUGAAUGCAAGAUAUUUGCUUGUUAAGAGUUUAUGUAUGCUGUUUGCAUGUGGGAUGUGUGUUUUUAUGCGAGAGUGUGGCCUGUUGAAGAAUGAGGUGAGAGAUUAGACUUUUCUGAAAGAGGUGGAUUAAGCUGCAGUCACAACACUGUCAAAUUAUGAAAGCAGAUUGUCCAUGUAAUUUUUGAUUCCAUUAACUCUUCUGGCUACUAUUUGUGAACAUAGUACAUAAUUUUAUGUACACAUAAAGUUGCGCAUGUCUCUAGUUCUCACUGUGAAAAGUAUUGAAAUUUGUUUUAAAUAAACAGGUAUCCAUUUUUUUUAAUUAGACUUGCUAAAAUUACAACAUAAAAAAUUUGUUCUAAUUAAUUGUGUAAAAUUAUGUGAAAAUUAUUCAAAAGAAUAUUGAUAAGAUUAAAACCCACAUAGUUUUUCUUUCAUGCUCUAGUUAUAAUUUUGUAAGGUUAGUAUUUUGUGAAAACAAAGAAUUUUGAUUCAGUGUAAAUUAACACAAAGAUCUUGAGCAGAGGCACAGGUGCACAUGCAUGCACACUUAUUGUGGCAUGCUUUCAUAUUUUCUGUAAAUUGUGCCUGUUUGCAUGCAGACACAAAAAAGGUUUGGAUUUUAUUUUUUCAAUAUUCAUAAUACAUAAAAAGGUUCUGUGGACAUCGGAGCUACAUACUGAGAAAGCUUAGCCAUAUAGGAAUCGCUGUUCAUGUUCUCAUCCACAUUUGUUCAGGAAAGGAAUUGGGGAGCUGGAUGGCCUUUGUGUUCUGACUUGCUAUGAAUAAACUAGUAUGUUGACCAUGACAUGCAUGUUUAAGUGUAAACUGGACCUACAAAACAUUUGCAUUAAGUUCUGGCCUCAACAGGGCUGAACACUGCUGUAUCCUACAGUCCUGUCAUGCAGCUUGAGCAGGCUAACAACUGUUUUUUCUCAUGGAUUGUUUUUGUCAUUGAGAGAACGUGCGUAUGUUCAUGAGCGAAGUGUUGUUUUGCAUGAAUGCUAUCUCUUCCAUUUUGUCUAAAUAGCUUAUGUAGCAUCAGAUGAUGGAAAAGACAUGAGUGAAAGGAUUUGUUUAUGUGGAUGUAAACCAGAUGAAGCUUUUUUUUAAAAGUCCCUUUCCCAAGAAAAGUGAUGGUAACAUGUCUGGCACAGUAAACAUCCUUUUUUCUGUAAUCCAGGUAAAAAAAAAAAAUUCCCUACAUUCUGAGUAUAAAUGGUAGCUAUUUAGCUGACUGUUAUGCAUCUGCUACCAACUAUCAGAAUAAAAUGGUGACUUUAAAAUUGACUGAAGUCUCUUGUUUGUUGGUUUUAGCGCAGCCUGGGAGCUGGCAAACAUAGGACCUUAGUGUCAUUUUGUGUAAAUAUGAUAAAGUAAUUCUACUUGUUCGUUCAAUUUCAGAGAAAUAAAUAAUGAUACUGUA